AUGGCUGAAGAUAGAAAGAAAAUUCAAACCCAUCGUUUUUACGAAUAAAAGUAUCCCAAGGAAAAUGACUUGGUUGUCGUCGAAGUUGUUAAAGUUGAAGAAAACUGCUGUUAUGUUUAACUUUUAGAAUACAACAGAAUCGAAGGUAUGAUUACCCCAAACGAAAUGACCAAGCAAAUGUAGUAAAGUAUUUAGAAGGUUUUAAAAAUUGGUAAAUAAGAAGUUGUCCAAGUUCUUAGAGUUGAUGAAGAAAAAGGUUAUAUUGAUUUAAGUAAGAAGAAAGUUAGAAACAAUCAAGAUAAUGCCUGUUUAGAUAGAUUCUCUAAGGCUAAGGAUAUCCAUUCAAUUUUGAUUACUGUCUGCGAAUCUCUCCCUUAAGAUUGCAGUGUUAAAAUUGAUGAUUUAUAUACUAAGAUUGUUUGGCCUUUAUACAAGUUAUUCAACCACGCUUAUGAUGCCUUCAGAUUCGCUCUUAACGAUGAAACCAUCAUCACCAAGAUUGACAUUGCUGCUGAAGUUAAAGAAAAGUUGCUCUAAGUUAUUAGAAGACGUUUGAACACUCAACCUAUGAGAAUCAAGGCUGACUUUGAAUUAAGAUGCCACGAAUACGAAGGUAUUGAUGCUAUUAAGGCUGCUUUACUCGCUGGUGAAGCCAAAUCAAGAAAUAAAUGCGAUGUUAAAUUUGAAAUCAUUGGUUCUCCCGUCUAUGCUGGUUGCAUCGUCACUCAAGACAAAAAUUUAGGUAUUGAAGUUCUCAACGAAGCUUUGAAGGCUGUUGAAGAAGUUAUUAUCUCUAAAAAGGGUUCUUACAAGCUUAGAACUGAGCCUAAAAUUUAUGGUGAUAAAGCUCAAGAUAACUUAGAAAUGUUGGAAAAGGCUGAAGAAGAAGACGAAGAUGAUGAAGAUUCUGAAGUCGAAGGUAUGGGUGAUGACGAUGAAGAAGAUGAAGAAAACGAUAACUGA